ACCGGUGGACUAGCAGCACUAGCGUAUGGCGGAUGUUGUUGGGGAUUCAUUAUAUUAUUGCUCAUUGUUACUGUCGUCUUUCCUGUGGUUCACAUGUAUCGUGCCUUCGUCUACGGCACGCUGAAGAAAGGCCAGCCCAAUUGCAGGAUGCUGGAUGCUGCCAACGGCCGGGCAGAGUUCCUCGCUCACGCUCGAACCGUAGAGCGAUACCCGCUCGUGAUUGCCACCAAAUAUAAUAUCCCCUUCCUGCUGAAUGUGCCCGGGAUGGGUCAGCGUGUCCACGGUGAAAUCUACAGUGUGGACCAGCAGAUGCUGCACUUCCUGGACAGGUUUGAAGGCUGUCCAAAGAUGUACCAGCGCACUGCAGUCCAGCUGGAGGUGCAGGACGGGGACGGUGAAGGGGACAACACACUGAAGCCUGGAAGCAUUGUGGAGACAUUUGUGUACAGCACGACUACAUACCAUCCCGAGUGGCUCCAAAACCCAACAUAUGAGAGUUAUGAUGCGAACGGUGAUCAUGGACUGGAAUAUGUAUCUCGUGAGGACAGAAGCCCUAAGUAAAUACUGUACUGGUAUCGGUUAACAACAGGGUCCAGAAUUUCACAUUUU